GGAACAUCAAAGCAGGCUUAACCAAAAGAACAGAAGGCAGCUUGGCACAGCAGUCUCAAGCUAUUCUGCUUUUCUUUAGGAAUAUAAAGAUGAAAAGACCUGACCCCUACCCACCAUUUAACCAGAUUGGAAGACACAAAAUUGCCUGAAGUGUCUGGAUGGCAGAUCAUUCAUCCUUCUCUUUCUUGAGUUGUCUACUCUGCCAGUAUCUUCCACUGAUUUCUGCUUUAUUUUGUGAUUCAUUGAUAGAAAGGGAAGUGGAGUUGAGUAAAAUCCCCCCUGACACCGUGCAAGUAUACAUUAAUGAUUGUAGUGUAAAACCCAUCACAUACAACCAGAACGAUCUUCCAAGGCUCCGUUUACUCAACCUCUCCUCUAAUUGUAUCAGGACUUUGCCAAAUGAUGUUCUCUCACAUCUGAAAAAGAAAUGCCUGAAGGAGCUUCCAGGAUUACUUCUUAACUCUACCCUACAAGGAAUUACGUUGGUCUGCACCUGUGAAUUCAUUACGGGCCACACCAAACUACUAAACAACACUGCUUGUGCGGAAAUGUUGGAAAGCUGUGGAGAUACUUCAGUGGCCAUUUCUAUAGGACUUUCCCUUCUUUUACUGUUGUUGAUCUGCGGAAUUGGGUGUGUUUGGCACUGGAAACACCAUAACCCAGUGCACCUUACCUUACCAAGGUUUUUGCAAAGGAGAAGCAGCAGGAGAAAAGACUAUGCGAAAACACUCUCGAAUCCCCUCGCUAUCAGCUCAAGGCAUAAAAUUUCAGCUCAGACCCAAGAGUAUACAUCUUCUGGAAGAGGGGCUAACACAUAUGACAACUAUGAAAACGUGGAAGUCCGUCCCCCCAGAGCUAAAGGAGAAACUGAUAAGGAACUGUAUGAGAACACUCGGCCGACCAAUUUUGAGGAGCAUAUCUAUGGAAAUGAGACAUCAUCUCAAUAUUAUAACUUCCAGAACCCUAGUACUUCUGAAGUGUCUCAAGAUGAAGACAUAUAUAUUCUUCCAGAUUCAUAAUAACUUUUCAAAAUAUUGGGUUUAGUUAUGAAAGGAUAAAUAUUCACUGGGACUUUUAUUGCACUGAUGCCAUUGUUAAUUCUGUCCUUUGGAUGAAACCCAAUGAUCUUUUGUCUGUCUCCACCCUUCUGAACCUUCUCUCUGUGUAUCACUGUGGGUUAAUUCCAGAGACCCUCUUUAUUCUACUUUUGCUAGAUUAAUUCUGCAUUAUUUUAUAUUGAUUCUUCCUUCUCAUCGUUACCUGUUACCUUUUUCUGUUAUUUCUAUCUCUACCAUCUUUUCUGGCUCAAGAUGGCUGUCAGUCUCCUAACAAGUCUUUCUGGCUCUAGCAUCUACACAUUCACCCGUGAUGCUGCCAGAUUUAUCUUCAGAAAAUAUUUCCGAUGCCACAUCAUUCCUUUGCUUGAAACCCCUUAGUGUCUCCUUGUUGCAAAAUAUGUACUAUUUGUAAUUCUAACUCUAGGACUUAUGAUUUCCCACAGUUGGUUCUAGUUUACUUUUCCAGUGACUCCUACUUUCUCACUUCUAUGCUUUCCUCAUCAUUGUAUGAGAACUGCCACAGCCACCACUCCUCCAUGGCUUUUUGGUCUGCCUCCUUUCAGGCCUAAGUCAUAUGGUAACUUCUUCCACAUGUCUUCUGAAUUAUUCCAAACCUACAUUUACCUUUUUCUUUUCUGAUUUCCUAGAUUUUUCUGCCUGUUUAACUCUCUGGGAAUUCAAACAUAUGAAUGUUUUCUUUGACAUUUUACUAUUUAAUGUCAUAUGAGAAUGUCUUAAAUUCCUUGCUAAAUAAUAAGGAAGUGCCUCAUACUCAUAUUUUAACACCAGUGCCUAGAACAUCAUAUAAGGCACUCAGUAUUGUUCAAUUGACAAGAAUUAAGGUGUGCAUUUUGCUCAGUAGUUUUGAGAAAAAUCUAUUUUUGAGUACUAUGUAUGUACCUUUAGUCUGCACAUGGUGGGGGUAAAACAGCAUAAAGAAAGGCAUGGGUCUUGAACGCCCGUUGUCUAGUAGGAAAGAAAAGACAAUAAAUAAACAAAUACUGUGCUACUUCUUAAGCUGUGGCUUCUUACCCAUAAAGUCUUCCUUUUAUAUGCUGUUCUGAAUUGCUCAGGCUGAGACUCUGCAAGCAACAUUUUUCCUUUGCCAAGUGGAUCCGUACUGGGCUCUGUUCACAGGGAGCACCGUGGAAGGCUGGUAGGCAAUUGGAUCCAAAAGGGACUUGCUCUUUCUUGUUCUCCUUGCAGUCCUGGCAGGUACCAAUUUGCUCCAGCAUCACCAGUUCUUUGCAGUUUCUAGUUUCUUCUGGCCUUCCCAGCAUCACCUCAGUUGCAAACUUUCUGAGGUGCCAGCACCAGACAGGUAACAACAGGCUCACCUUAGAAUCUGAGCGGCAGCUCCACAGAGCCUCCUCUGGAAGAGACACAUGACACCCUCCGAGCUCCAAGUCCUGACCCUAGGCGGGUGGGGGGAAGGGGGGGCUCUCUCCUACGGUCACCGACUCUGCAGCACCUCAGCGUCCUCUUUACAUCUUUCCAGCCCACUAAUACCUUCUUGCUAAUUCUCUGUAUUAAAUUCUCCCUGGAGAAUGUGACAAACUGGUAAGCUUUCUGUCUC